AUGGUGCCCCCGCACCAGGCUGGCAAAACAGCCCCGCGCCUAGCUGAGGACGUUAGGCUCUAUGACCCUGCACAUCUUCCCGGGACAGGACUCAACCUGCUAUCACAAGUUCCGCCAGUGCACCCAGCGAAGGGUGACAAGUCAAUCGACUUUGUCUCGCCGCAUGCCUGUCGGCAUGAAUACGUAGUAAAAGAAAGUCAGACAGCAGUGGUAGAUGCUGACGAGAGACGAAAAUCGGGAGCGUCCUGCCGGUUGUCAGCCGUCUGCUCAAAAUGCCGCUGUCACUUACUGGUGGUUGUCAACUAUACCUCCAGUGGCAGUGGAUUUGCUGUUCCACGGUCCGAGAGGCACAUCCAUCAUUUCGUUUAUCACUCGGGCAGACAACCGGGACAUGAAGCGUUCAACCGAGCAUUGGAUACAGGGCAAGCAGAAGAGACAUACCACUACCAGUGCUCCCAUUUUUCAUGCGCGACAAAGGCUUUCAUAGGCAUUCGCUCUCCCUUACUCACACGGCCUUUGGUGAGACAUCUCAAUGAUCCAUCAGCCAUUCGAGAACGUGCAGAGGAGGCCAUGGCAGCCCAGCCAGAGAGACUGGAGGGGAUGGCGAUCCCGACGCCAGCCACGGUCCUUGACAAUCUGCGUCUUUACCUUCACAACUCUCUCCAUUUUCAAGAGCGUAGCAAAGCGAUUUCGUCUUCGAACAAGCGAUUCAUGCUGUCAUUCGGACUAGAAGGUGCUGGGUGUCGGGAUGUGCUGGAGUUUCUUGGCUUCUUUUAUGAUGCUCAUGCCGGAAGUUGGCAGCCACCUUGUCCCAAUGCAGAGGCGAGCCCUCCGUAUCAGGACGCGAACCGAAGUUUCAUCGACGACGUCUACCAUGAAUUGCUUUAUCCGAGGUCUCCCAAAGCCCACCAAUUCUCGAUGGCGCCAGCUCCAUGGUACGAGAAUCUUGGUGUUGUGGAGGAUAUGGACGCCUACACCAUCAUUGAAGCGUACGAUCGUCAAGUCACUAAUGACCCAGAACGCACCUCACUAUGGCUGCAGUGCCUCAGAGCGAUUGGUAUUUUCCGUUCUGGCGAGGACUUUGAAAUCAUUGAGCAGGCCGUGCAGUUCGCCUACUCGGAAGGAAAAUACACAGAUGAUGAUCUUAUUGAAGCAUACAGGUACUUUGACUUCUACCCGCUGAAAGAUGACUGCGACCUGGAAGAGGACACCAUUCUCGGGAAAUUUUAUGCCUAUUUGAGCUCAACACCGAAGGAGAAGGAGGAGGAAGCACGUCGGCACUUGUGGCGAAUCGGGGACAGUCGAGGCAGCGACAGCAUCAAAGCUGUGGCUGAAGAUCGCGUUACCACACUCGCACAAGCUCAAGUGUAUCUAGGUGUUGAGGGGGAUACCCCGGACGACUUCAUCAUCACCAUGUACACUGCCAAACUCAACGACAAUCCGGGAUGCAAAGACCUUGCCGAUCGAGCUCUACAGAUCAUCGCCGGUGGUCGAAACUCCACCAUGCUCAAACAUUUCAUUAGCACCGGGGAGACGUUAGCGGGGGAUAUGGAUAUUGGAGAUGCCUACAGGCUGCUUCAAAUUCCCGAUCGGACUGCCGACGAUGGCGCUAUCAUGGCAGCCUACACAAUCUGUGUCGAUGAAAACCCCGAUCAAAUCGACAAUUACAAUCGCGCUCUGACGGUGAUUGCCAAGGACAUGGACAGUGCUUUGUUGCGUGAGAUGGCUGGGAUCUCGAACGAGCCAGAUCGCAACGUGUUCGACUGGCCAGUUGGCUUGCAGAACAUUGGCAACACGUGCUAUCUGAACAGUCUGCUGCAAUUCUACUUUUCCAUCCGCCCAUUCCGCGACCUAGUGCUGCAUUACGAAGCCCACCAGAUGGACGUGAAUGAUGACGAGAGCAUCUUUCGAAAGCAAGUUGGCUCACGCAAAGUCGCCAAAAAGGAAGUGGAACGUUCCCUCAAAUUCCUGAAUGAGCUGCGCAAUCUCUUUGACAGCAUGAUAACUUCGACAACGUCGUCAGUCAUGCCGGGACAAGAGCUCGCGCGGUUGACUCUAAUCAGCCCUGGAGGCGAGGCUGCCAUUCGACGGCGUUCUACAAUCUCCAAAUCUCGCGCCCUGGGUGAUGUUGGUGGACGUCCCAUUCUCGGACCUCUCGGGCCCCCUCAGGCGAUUUCCGAAGAAAAAACCGAAGCGCCCACUGAGUUGGAACCGAGCGCGCCAGCCCUGGCCAGCUCCAAUAUCAGUGAGAAUGGUAGUGACAUGACUUUAGUCUCUGAGCUGGCGACCACUACGGAAUCUACUGCUAUGAGCCAAGAUGAGACUGCGGAAGAUGCUCCUCCUGCCUUGGAGCAGGUCAAGGACGCGAGCAGAUUGAAUGAUGCUGGUCUCGCUGACACCGAUGUUCUUGGGCGUCCGCCGCCUGUCCCGCCACGACCUAGUCCAAUUUCCGAGGAAGACCGCCGAAAGCAACUGAUUGAGGAAGUCGAGAUCGGGGCUCAACAGGAUGUCACCGAAGUGAUCAACAAUGUUCUUUUCCAAAGUCAAUGUGCCAUCAAACCCUUGAGAAUUGACUCUGACGGGGAGCAGGUUGACCAAGUUAAAGACUUGUUCUAUGGCCGUACUCGAUCAUACAUCACGACUGCCGGGGGCACGCGGUCCAAAGAAGAAAGGUGGUGCGACAUUAAGGUCGAUGUAGCCAGUGGUCCGCGUGAUAUUUACGCAGCCAUCGACGGCGCCUUCGACGCGCAAAAUAUCAGCGUCGAAAACAGCGAAGCCGAACAGUACGGAUCAAUUACUCGGAUCCCACCCAUUCUCCAAAUCCAGGUGCAGCGCGUGCAGUUUGACCCUAUUAAGAAACGCUCUUUCAAGUCGACAAAUCACUUGGGACUACACCAGACCAUCUACUUGGACCGUUACAUGGACACCACUAGAACCGACGUCAUGAGUCGUCGCCGGCAGUGUUGGGAAUGGAAGAGCCAGCUCAAAAGCCUUGAAGGCCGCCGAGCGGAGCUCUUACGGUCGCAGCAGGAAGACGAUCGAGUCGCGAUGACGGAACUCUUCCGUGCCACCAAGGAUACGCUCGAGGAGAUUUCUGAGGCGCAGAGCACGGACAACAUGGGAGUCAAUCCGACCCUUCUUCAUGACCUUGAUCAGCUCCGUGAGACGGUGGACAGGGAGCUACAGGCCAUCGAUCAAGAGAUCUCGCACAUUCAAGAGCAGAUUAGCGGCCAGUUUUCCGACCUCACCAAGCUUCCAUACCAACUUUAUGCCGUGUUUGUGCACCACGGCUCCGUCUCUUUUGGACAUUACUGGAUCUACAUUCGCGAUUUCCAGAAAAACCUCUGGCGCAAAUACAACGACGAAUACGUGACGGAGGUUCAGAACGAGGAUGAGAUCUUCAAGAGUACCGACGAUCAUAAUCCACCUACACCAUACUUCCUUGUCUACAUCAAUGAUUCGAUCAAGGAUCGCAUCGUCGACCCAGUUUGCCGGGAAAUCCCCGAGGUUGCUCCAGGCGAGGGAGAGCUGGCUGCAGAUGAGCCCAUGCCCAUGGAAGAUGUGCAAUCCCCCGGCCGAGUAGAUACCGCUCCUAUGGAUCCCCCGCCUUAUGAAGACGAGCCUAUGCAGGAAGCUGCCUCUGAGCAUGAUGGCGACACCAAGUGA